UGUCCGCUUGCCUCUUUCGGGAUGAGGCACGGGUGCAAUCUACGUUACAUACGAGUUCGUGCCAAACCAGUUCUAUCCCAACAUCGAAUUGAUCCAUCGACAUUUGAACCUCUACCACAUCCAACCGCACCCUAAUGACACCCUCAACUCAAGCAAACACCGAACUCCCACCUCACCUCCUUACCAACCCGGACUACAUAGCCCUCACCCACACCCUCUCCCUCUUAAAAACCCAACGAGCCCGUGCGGAGGACGAUAUCCAGACAUUGGUAGAGCAGCGGCGGGAGGCUAUCGCGGAUCCAGAAAUCUUCAUCGCGUCUUUACACCGUUCUGGUGAUGGGGAGGGUGAGAGAAAAGGCAGAGUUGAACCACAGAAAAUCGCGAAAGCGCCGCAUAUCGAAUGGUCGAAAUAUGGGGUCGAGGCGAAAGGGUUAGAGAAGGCGGUUGAGAGGGGGGCUUUGAGGGGGGAGGGGGUCGUUGAUGUGAGUCGGUUUGGUGCGUGGAGUGGACAAGGGCAGGUGUGAAAUCGAUGAGGGUUGAGUGACGGAAAGGAAGACUAAGCAGCGAGUAUGACGCGACAAUAUUCUCUACCACGCGUUGUGGAAGACAAGAGGGACAUACGGGCCUGCGUACAUGGCCACAACUAUACGCACCCUCACCCCGAUCUAGGGCUCGGAUGCUGCUCUGCCUUGCCUCAAACCAGCUCUGCGACUCUUACCACGAGUGUUCUGUCAUGAGGACCGCUCUGCUAGUGACUUAUUUAACCCAGGUUCUCCGCUACAGUCCGUUCCUCGGCAACAUGCCAUCUCGAGGAGAAAGGGGUGUGGGCCCACGGCUGGAAACACGUGAAUUGUGUCCUUGAGAUAUGAGCGUCAUGGACUUUUACUUACG